ACACAAAAUAUCUAGAUUGCCGCAUACACUCUACCAUAGUCCAUAAGCCAUCGAGAGAUUCUGAGAAGAAACAACAGUUCAUGAGAGAAAAAUUGAAAGAAAAAAUAGGGAUGAAGAGAAGCUUUCCUCUUCCAGUACUACCCUAUCUUCAUAUCAUCUUGACCUAAAAGUUAAAUUCAAAUCCAAGACAAACCCAUCUCUCGAAACUCCAAACCCAGUCAUCAUCCCUCUCAAAUUCUCUCUCAAAACCAACAAUGAGCCUAGAAGAAUCCUUGAAGUCUCUCUCCCUAGACUACCUAAAUCUGCUCAUCAACGGCCAAGCCUUCAGUGAUGUAACCUUUAGUGUAGAGGGUCGUCUAGUCCAUGCUCACCGGUGCAUCUUAGCUGCCAGAAGCCUCUUCUUUCGCAAGUUCUUUUGUGGGUCUGAUAAGCCGGCAGGGUUUGACUCGUCAGCUGUCGGUGCAAGGAUGAGUUCGGCUGCAUCGCCGAGAGCUGGGAAUUCUCAGGUGAUACCUGUGAAUUCGGUUGGGUAUGAGGUGUUCUUGUUGCUUCUGCAAUUCUUAUAUAGUGGGCAGGUCUCAAUUGUUCCUCAUAAGCAUGAGCCAAGGCCUAAUUGUGGAGAGAGGGGUUGCUGGCACACGCAUUGCUCCUCAGCCGUUGAUCUCGCCCUUGAUACUCUAGCUGCCGCUAGAUCCUUUGGUGUCGAACAGCUCGCAUUGCUUACUCAGAAACAAUUGGUAAGCAUGGUGGAGAAGGCUUCAAUUGAGGACGUGAUGAAAGUUUUGAUAGCUUCACGAAAGCAAGACAUGCACCAGCUCUGGACUACUUGUUCUCACCUCGUUGCCAAAUCUGGCCUUCCGCCGGAAGUCCUCGCAAAGCAUUUACCAAUUGACAUCGUUGCCAAGAUUGAAGAGCUCCGCCUGAAAUCCUCCCUCGCUCACCGCCGCUCGUUCAUGUCACAACACCAUCCCCACCACGAUCUCAAUGCCGCAGCUGACCUCGAAGACCAGAAGAUCCGCCGCAUGCGCCGAGCCCUUGAUUCAUCCGACGUUGAGCUCGUCAAGCUAAUGGUCAUGGGCGAAGGACUUAACCUCGACGAAGCACUCGCUUUGCACUACUCCGUCGAGAAUUGUAGCCGAGAGGUAGUGAAGGCAUUGCUAGAACUUGGAGCUGCCGAUGUGAAUUACCCGGCGGCGCCGGUGGGCAAGACACCACUUCACAUUGCGGCGGAAAUGGUAUGCCCGGACAUGGUGGCAGUCUUACUAGACCACCAUGCUGAUCCCAGCGUUCGAACCGUCGAUGGUAUCACACCACUCGACAUACUUCGAACGUUAACCUCGGACUUCUUAUUUAAGGGGGCCAUUCCCGGGCUGUCCCACAUUGAGCCCAACAAGCUAAGGCUCUGCUUAGAACUGGUUCAGUCAGCAGCUCUUGUUCUCUCUCGUGAAGAAGGCAGCAGUGGAGGGAAUGCUCCCUCCACCACCACCACCACCCACAUUUACCAACCAAUGAAUAAUGACCUAAACAGCAACAACAAUAUGGUUAACCUCAAUCUUGAUUCAAGGAUGGUUUAUCUGAAUUUGGGAGCAUCUGGAGCAGUCCAUCGAUUUGGGUGUAAUAAGAUGGAUGGAGGUGACGACAAUAGCAACAAUAGCCAGAGAGAAGCCAUGAAUCGACAUGGGUCACACUCACAAGGGUUUCGAUGAUCAUAUGCAGUGCAAUCCCUCUGGACAUGGAUUUUUCUCAUGGGAGAGGAGACAACGAGAAUCUAAGUUUGCUCUCAGUGGGGGAAGAUGCAGGUCAAUCUUUUUCAAACCCGGCCUGUCAACUCCUUUUGUAUUUGAUUAUUAAUGUUAUCUAAUAUCAUGACUAUUUAAUUAAGAUUUCUUUAAUUUUUCUGUCCCCUCAACUACCAUUUCUAUUACAUAUAAUAGUACUAUCUAUUAUAUGAUUUAUUUUUUAAGUAUAUCUUUCUAUGUAUGGUCACUACCAUCAUUCUACCAAAUUUAGUGUUAGAUAUCUGUGGGUCUAGCUUAAGGUCCUUUUAAUUUGUUAAAUUUGUGGCCAUUCUUGGUCCUCCGAGGCUUUGUUUGGAUAUGGACAUAGACUAGAGUAUAUAUCCUAACAAGGGAAGUGAGCUGUCUCCUCCCUAUCCUCUCUCUUUGCCUCUUUCUUGGCUUCCACAGUAACCCCUUUGUCUUUUGGUAUCCAUGAUCUAUUGAUCUUGUUAAAAGAAAUAAAUCAUUUUGCCAUGGACAAAUAAAUAGCUUGUCUUUGUUGAAUGCAAAAUGAGUGUGACUAGCUACUGAAAAAUUGCAUCUAAACUUUGUCCCCUUGGCCUCUUUUUUUUUUUUUUUUUGGGUCUUGGGUUUCCUUAGAAUGAAAGGAAUUGGCCUUGAAUGCUCUUCCACCUUGUACUCUUGGGUUGUUUAGUUUCCGGACUUGCAAUUUAUACACAUUAAUUGGGGUAGGUAAGAAAGUAACACUCUUCAUUUGUUCAUAGGUAAGCAGUCAAUCGUGCCAUUAAGAAAAUCACUGUUUACUACAGUUAGUUGCUCAUUAAAACCCCUAAGUGAGAACAUCAGGUUGGUAGGUUGCUGAAGAGAGAGUAGAUCAUCGAUUCAUCCAUAUAUGUUGAGAAUUAGUUGCUAUGGGAUUUGUGCAAUUUAUGGAUGAUAUCACAUGUAUUAAGUUUUUUGAGACAUUUGGCCAUUUCUUAGAUUCUUGUUAACUUUAUCUUUCAAGAAGUUGGUGAAAUAUUAAAGAGGGAAAGAAAGUAAUGCUAAUGAAAAGAUACCAAAGCAAAUCACUAGACCUUAUACAAGACCUAAUUAAUGGGCCAAGAAAAGAUGAAUCCAACUGCCUUAACCAAUAUUUCUACUCAGAGAUCCUAGACACUUAUAGUAGUUGAGUUGUUAAUUAAGUGAAUGUAGUCAUUUAAUGUCGAGAUGGAAGUCUAGCUGUCAAAAGAAUUUACAAACAGCACAAGAGUAAAUAUAGUUUUCUUGCUUGGAGUGAAAGAUGACACCUAUAGGCAAUUUAAUGUGUCAAGUGUAUUUAAAACUUGACACAUUCUUUUGAUUAUUUCUUGUCUUAUUCCCAAGUCCUUUAAGAUAGGGAUAUAAAAGAGUUUUCAAAAAAUAAGUAUAUAUAUUUCAUAAUGUUAUCCGUAUUAUUCGAGUCCAAGUGUAAAAUGACAUCAUUACUUUCACUGGAAAAAAAUUAUGUUAUACUAAGAGGGUAAAAAAGAAAGUCAGUCUUAAAUUGUAACUCUAUUGGUGUCUAAUUGUCAAUCAACAAAUUAUGUGUCUCAUUUUUGGCAUCAUUCAUCAUUUUGAGUGUAUUCUCACAUGUUGUCACCUUUUGUUACUUAUAUAUGGUAUAUGCCUUCCUCAUUAGUGACUUUGCAAUAUGCUACAUAUGUGGAUACAUAAUUACAUAAAUGGGCGCCUGCAUUCAGUGAAGAUGCAUGACUUUUAACCUGCCUAUAGUUAGUUGUAGGUUCAUGAUUUAGAGAUUCAACAUUGAAAAAUAACACAAAAUUUGUGGUUAAUGUUGCAACAGAUUUGAACUAUUUACAUGUUGGGUCUAGCCGAACUUCUUAUCUCGCGAUAGAAAUAUCAGAGGAUAUUGAGAAAACCUUUAACAGUAAACAAGAUAUAACAUUUAAAGACAGAUUUUUUAUUAAAAUUUUGCAUUAAUAUUUAAAUAUUGUUAAUGCAAUGUUUUCAUUGACAAUCCAAAUUUUAGCUGUUCCAUCCAUGUUCACAUUGCCAUUGUACUUCUAAUAACUUGCAACAUUUCAAUGUAAAGCAACCUAAGUAACAAAAUACACUUCUACCAAAAAAAAAGUAACAAAUUACACUUCAUGGUGACAAAUAUGAGAUAGAAGUUAGAAAUUUAACUGAAUGCCCAAGUUUCUCCUUCUGUAUAAGGUACCAAUUAUUCUUUUCAACUGGUAUAUGAAGAACCAGAAGUUAGUAAUUAUGAGAACAUGAAAGAGAAAAUUUUACAGGAAAUAUUAGAGAUAAUUUCUUUCAAGUCAUGCAUCCUUGCAAAUAGGGUGUAUUUGUCUAUCUUGUCAAUAUUUCAUAUAUAGCUAAGAUCUUGAUACUUUUUAUUUUUUUGCUUUUGAAAUUCCACUUAAUUAAUCUUGGUGAUUUAUUUGUGAUAGAAUUAUCCUCUAUCAGAAGUGAGUGUCCUAUAUUAACUCCAGGCAUUCUUCUUUCCUUGGUAAUUGUAAUACAAUUCCCAAAAUUUUACUGAGAUUAUUGUUUCUUGAUGUUUGUCUAGAUGAAUGGAAGUCCCUAAAAUCACUUUGUAAACAGCACAUUUGUAGAAAUAUAUCAACUAGUGUGAUCAAUGAUAUAUUUAGUUGAGAUGUCA